CGCUGUUUGGUAGCUUGAGAAACUAUACGGAUCAUCUCAGGUAUCCCAUCCCCAACACGCCCUCCACAUGCAUUUGCCAGGUGCCUGGCCUGGUAGCGAUGAGGGGUCGGGAUCAAGGGGUGAAAAGGCGAUUGUACUUGCUGUCAUGGGUGUUACUGGCUCUGGCAAGAGCACAUUCAUCAAGAAUGUCACAGGGCAUGAGGGUGUCAGCGUUUCCAGCUCGCUUUCAUCAGAUACUUCAGAGGUAGUCGCCUAUAAAUUUCAGCACCGGGGCGUCUGGUAUAUUCUCAUUGACACGCCUGGUUUCAACGGUACUGUUCGACCGGACAACGAAAUCACAACCUUGAUCCUGAGUCGGUUAAAGGAGUUGUUUGCGGCUGGCACUCAACUCAACGGCGUCAUCUACUUGCACCGCAUUAUUGACCCGCGCAUGUCGGGAUCGGCCCUCCGAAACACGCGCAUGUUCAGGAAGCUUGUUGGCAGCAACGGGUUCAAGAAUGUCGUGCUGGCCACCACCUUCUGGGACGUGGUCACGGAGAAGGUUGGUGCUGCGCGUGAGCGUGAGCUUCGCAAUGAACGCGAGUUCUGGGGGUCCAUGGUUGAACAGGGCGCUCAAAUGGGGAGACUUGAGAAUAACCGGGCGUCGGGCCUGGAUUUGAUCGAGAAGAUGGGCACACAGGGAGAACUCAUGUUUAGUGUUCAAGAAGAGGUUUUCCAUCAAGGCGAGACGAGAGCUGAAACGGAGGUGCCGCGAGAUCAGAGAUCCGAGGUUGAGCAGCUUCGACGCACUCUCGAGGCGCAGCGAAUGAGAGAGGAGAACGACCUGCGUCAGGCGCUGCAGCGACAAGAAAGCAUCUGCCAGAGGCAGAUCGAGCUCCAGCGGCUUGAGAUGGAGGAGCGACUUGCGGCAGAGCAGCAGGCGAAACGAGAGCGGCAAGACGAGGAGUUACGGCAGGCUGACGCAGAGUUUCAACGACAGAAAGCAGAGAUUCAUCUCGAGAUGGAGCGACAGGAGCGACGGCGGCGCGAGCAGGCGGUCGAGAUGCAGCGCCGGAUCGAGGAUGUCCGGACGCGUGGACUAGAGGCGGCUGUAGUGCGGCAACGCAUCCAGGCUGCCUAUACAUGCAUCGGAUACAAAGCACAAUGGCCUUGUGACAAGUGCCAUGGUAGCAUAACUGCAUACCCGUUAUACUAUCGUGAGUAUUCCGUCCGCACCCCUGGAACAUUCUCCUCCGCCAUGUCACCGCUGCGGCCGUCCGAGUCAGCACAGGUCGAGCAGUUUGAACUGCUGUUUCUGCGACCAUGA